UAUCUAUUCUUGUGGUUUUAACGUUUCUGCAUGACCAUUGACGUUGACUGUACACCUUGGACUGUACCCUUACUGUACCAAACCAAACCAAACUGUACAUUGAAAAUUGAAAACCCCGUUGCUAACUUCACGAAUAGUCACACAUUCAAAUUUAAUCUGUUCUGUGAUUCAAAUACUUUUUUUGCAGAAACCUGGCGGAAACAGAGAUUUGACUUGAGACUUGAGACAUGCUUGAGACCGUUGCUUGAGACUCGAGAUUUGAAUCAAAACUUGGAUUUAUCUUGGAUUCUUGGAUCAGUCUUGGAUUCUAUGCACCCAACUAACUGUGCCAACCAGGUGCCAACUAACAAAAGUAAAAUGGAAAAUAAAAAAAUACAAUCGGAUGCACUAGAAGAAAAUCAUAAGUUGCACGAAAAUGAAGAUGUUCUAUCAGGAGCUAUCAACAAUUCCUCAAAUGAAGAUGGAAAAAGGAAGCAGUUAGGUGAUGAACAAAUUGCUCUAAAUACAGAACUGGCAAAUGAUAAUAAUGGAUGUAAUGAGAAAAAUAAUAUUGAUCAGCAUACAGAUAGUAAAGCAAUUCUGGAAAAUGACUUACACAAUAAUUCAGCAGAAGGCUACAAAGAACCUAAGAAACGAGGUCGAAAACCUAAACAGUCAUUUCAGCAUACAGAUAGUAAACCAAUUUUGGAAAAUGAUUUACACAAUAAUUCAGCAGAAGGCUACAAAGAACCUAAGAAACGAGGUCGAAAAUCUAAACAGUCGUUGAAUCUAGAUAACACAAGACAUAAUUUAUCAUUAUCCAGUGAACUCGAAAAUAAUGACAUUAAUGAUGUCAAUUUAAUUAAUAACAUGCGAAUUGAUAAAAAGGUUUGGGAAAAUACAGCAGUUACAAAUUCAGAUGAUUCUAUUGUGACACCUAAAAAGAGAGGUCGAGGCAGGCCUAGAAAAUCUGAAGUUGUGCCGCAAGAAUCGGAACUGGAACUUGGAAAUAAUAAAAUUAAUAACAUACACGGUGAAAACAGAACAGUCGAGAAUCCUGAAUCUGAACCAGAACCUGUAUUUUCUUCCUCUAAACGAGGGAGAAAGCGUAAAGAAAUAAACUAUUUUCAGUUAGAAAAUUCGGAUAUCGAAAUGGAACACGUUAACAAAAAAUUUAGAACUAGCAAAAAAGCAGAAAUUGAAGAUGCAGAUUAUAAUAAUAAGCAAAGCACUAAUGAUUCGUUUGAAGAAGAAAAAAGUUUAAACAGUAAAUGUGUUAACAGAAGAGCAAUUGACUGUGAACAAAAUGAAAUUAUAAAAGAUCAAGCCGAUCUAAAUAAUCUAAGAGAUGAGCAAAGCAUUAAUAACUCAGUUGAAGAACAAAAAUCAAACGGCAAAUAUACAUGGACUGGCGUUACAACACAUACAAAAGAUCAGUUAUUUGAUUUAAUGCAAGGAAAAGAUAUUAAUAAUUCCAGCCCUGAUCCAUUGAGUGGGAAAAAGAAAAGAGGCAGGCCCAAGAAAUAUAUUGAUAUUGAAGAAGAAGGUAGCACUGUUUGUAUGAUUUGUAAUGAAUCUGUGCAAAAUAUAGAUUGGUUGAAACACAAAAGUAGUAAACAUUAUGAUUUGGCUUGGAGAAAGGGCGAUACACCAUUGCCAAUCAACGAUGAAACGUUUGUUUUAACAACUCUCGUUCAAUGGAAAAGGUCCAAUGGGAAGUUCAAAUGCAAGAAUUGCAGUUUCACCUCGAACAGUUCCAAGGUAUUUUACGAACAUUUGGAGGUGUGUAAUGGAGUUGUGAACGCUAACGGCUCGGUGACUUGUGCAGUCUGUCAUACGAGUGUGCCAAAGACUAGAUGGGCGCACCAUAAAUACCGGCGUCACAAUAACUUAGCAUGGAGGGAAGGAGAACCUCCAUUGGACUUACAAGACAAAGAUUUCGUGUUCAGAACUCUGACCGCAUUAUACAAGGAGAAAAAACCGCUAUACUGCGAACAAUGUGACCAAGCCAAGAAAUCCGUGGUGGGUUUCAUGUCCCACAAGUUGACUUGUCGGAAAUCGGCGGCAGAGAUGGACAGUAUAAAGGUGGCAUGCCACAUUUGCGGCAAAAAAAUCUUGCCUGUCAGCAUGAGUUUUCAUUUGAAAAUUCACAGCAAAUCGGAGGAGCCUAUUGAAGAUUCUUUUUCUUCAAUUGAUGGUAUCAAUAUGAAUCAGCUGAUCGAACCUGGUUCUAAGAGAAAGGCUGCCAGAGAAGCUCUUCAAAUGAUCAGCCAACUUAAAGGAGAUAAUGUCGAAGAAAAUAAAUUUUACACGGCACAGACUGAUUUUCAAGAAAAAUUCAUAAAGGAUUACUUCAAUAAGCAAUUAUUAGAAUCUUCAAAGAUAGCUUGCUUCUUUCCAAAAUGUGAUACAUUUUAUGAGUCCAUGAAUAAUGUUUUAGAACAUUUAAAUGUGUGUGAUAAGAAACCUUUAGAGUAUUAUGUUUGUAAAUUAUGUGUAACAUUAUGCACUAACGAACCAGAUAUUGUGGAUCAUUUGAAAACUGAACACAAAACAUCAUUAAAAGUAGAAUUGGACGAUGAUUUUAAAAGUGAUAAUGUUGUGGAUGAACAUGAAGAUGAAGUCAUUGAAAAUCACCAAAGGGAGUUGAAAAAGAUAAGAAGCGUAUUGAAAAGUAAAGCUGCAAUACAAGUUUUUGUAAAACCGAUGUUUUUGAUAUAUCCUAUAACAGAAAGUGCUUCAAAUUUACUAUACCAACAGGCAUUUGUCUGGAUGAAAGAAUUUUGCAAAGAGAAUUAUUCUAGCUUGGCUCUUCACAAUGCCUUACGUAAUAAGAACGCAUGUAAAUUAGUUGAUAGUGAGCUGUUAGACGCGUAUCUUCCCGAUAAUCACGUGUCUUGUGAUGUGACUGUCAAAUUAUUGCAUCCCAAACAAAAUGAUUAUAAAGGCUGUGAGAUGGAUUUCAUUAAAAUGGAAUUAUUUCAGGUUAAAGAGUUUAACGAUAACCACGCCAUAUAUUGCGGCGGUCCUAUCAAUAGUAUAGCAUGGCUACCAACUGAUCAAGAUAAAGACGGUAACCACGACCAAAUACUAGCAGUAUCUAUAUUAAAUUCAAUGGAUACGGAAUACGACUCUAAUAAAAUCUAUCGUGAUCCUUGCCUGAUCCAGUUUUGGAACUUCGGAAAAUUGAAAGUUCAGCAACAGGCAAAGGAAGAACCUUAUUUCAUGUCUGGUUUGGCAGCUAAUGUGGGACCGAUAUGGCAUAUGGAAUGGUGCCCUUCUGGUUGUCUGGAUUGUGUGGAUGACGGGCCUAGAUUAGGAUUGUUAGCUGUGGCAGCGUCCGAUUCAUUCGUGUAUAUUUAUUGUAUAGAUAGAGUAAAUAAUGAUGACAGAGGACUCAUUCGUAGAGGGGAACCAGUUGUUAGGUUACAACUGAAUGAAGAUAGCGAGGCUUUAGAUAAACGUCCAUAUUAUGCCACAAAAAUAUCAUGGAGCAAGGCUGCAGGUCACAAUUACGUAGCUGUGGGAUAUUCUAACGGUCUUGUAGGUCUCUAUAAUUUGAACAUUGAAAGUUCUGUAUUAAAAAAGGAAGAUAGCAGCGACGAAACAACAAUCUUAUCGUAUUUGAGUUUUCAGGCUCAUGUAUCAGUUAUCACAGUUAUUUCACUAAACCAUUUAAACGGUGGCAACAGAUGGUUAUGUACCGCUUCCAGCGACAGAUAUUUGUCCUACUGGGAUCUGUACAAGAAGUUAAAAAUCAACACUGUUAAGAAGAGCGGCAUUACAGAAGGCACUUGGAUGUCGCUCUGGCCUUGCACCGUUUUUGCAGAGGGAGAAUCAAGAUUGUCCGGAUUUCCACCUAUUCAUACAUAUAUUAAAACUCUCAGAGAUGCCCUGACGGAAACAGAAACGUUGACUACAGCAUCGUCGGGAAUUUCCGGACUGUCUUUCAGCGAUUGGUUGAAUGCUGUUCUGCACUGUACGAAGACUGGAGAAGUUGUAGUACAAUUUAAUCAAAGACUGUUUUAUAAGAUUGACAGUAAAAAGAGGCACUAUGCGAAAUUUGUAUUAUCCAAAACAAAAUUGGUUAGAAAAGAUGAGCCAAAAACUGAACCCGUCUGUGAUAUUGAUACUUAUAGUGAAGCAGUAGAAAAAUAUGGUUUGGUUUUUUUAGAUUACAAAUUUGAUACAGAAAUCACCUGUCGGAAAUCAUGCCAAAAAGGUGGUUUGAGUCACAUCAAAUUCUCCACCGCAAAGUUCAAUCAGUAUUCUUUGCAGUCAAUCAACAAAGUUCAGUUCAAUCCAAACUUGGGCAGUUGUAAUUAUUACGUCACAGGAUAUCAGGCAGGCAUCCUUAGGUUAAAUAAGAUAAACUUCUUGAAGAAGAGUUUAACUCGGUACCUGUAACGAACUAUUUUGUGUCAUAUAAUAGUUUAUGUGACUGAGUGAGGCUAAUAUGAACGUGUAAACUUGUAAUUUACACAUUUUUGGUAUGUUUUAUAAACGGUAAAUAAUCGGAAAUCGUAUUUUUUUCACAGAAAUUUGUAUACCCCUUAUUUUGGAGUCGUAGAUUACAAAUCAGAACCUUAAUUUAGCCGUCACAUACCGUUUUCGCAAAAAAUCUAAUUUUUUUAAGAUUUCUCACAAUUAUUAAGUACUGAAUAAACCAUCUGAUUUUUGCUAUUUUCUGUUAUUUUUUAACCACUUAUACCUACAAAAUACAAGAAAAUUUGCAAAAAAACAUUGGUAAACAAUUUGAAUAUUAUGUUGGGUUAUGUGUUAGCGGUGUUUUCCGCACUCACCAAGCAAAAAAAA